AUGUCUUCCAACCUGGAAUCAGCAAAGGACUUGCUUGUUUUCUUAGGAAAGUCACUGCUUAGUAUUUUGGAGGUCCUACUUUCUUAUGUGAUCCCCAAACAACGGAAGAACGUUGCUGGUGAAAUAGUCCUCAUAACAGGUUCUGGGAGUGGACUUGGAAGGCUCUUGGCUUUGCAAUUUGCCCGCCUUGGAUCUGUGCUCGUUCUCUGGGAUGUGAAUAAGGAGGCAAAUGAGGAGACCUGUCAGUUAGCUCGGGAAGCAGGAGCUUCCAGAGUGCAUGCCUAUGUCUGUGACUGCAGCCGAAAGGAAGAAGUGUACACAGUGGCCGACCAGGUAAAGAAAGAAGUUGGCGAUGUCUCUAUCCUCAUCAACAAUGCCGGCAUUGUAACAGGCAGAAAGUUCCUCGAAUGCCCUGAUGACCUCAUGGAAAAGUCACUGGAUGUCAAUUUCAAAGCACAUUUAUGGACGUAUAAAGCCUUCCUGCCUGCCAUGAUCGCUAACAACCAUGGCCAUUUGGUUUGCAUUUCAAGUUCAGCUGGAUUAAUUGGAGUAAAUGGGCUGGCAGACUAUUGUGCAAGUAAAUUCGCAGCCGUUGGAUUCGCUGAAUCUAUGUUUGUUGAACUAUUUGCCCUAAAACAAAAAGGAAUCAAAACUACAAUUGUGUGUCCAUUCUUUAUAAAAACUGGAAUGUUUGAAGGUUGCACUACCAAGUGGCCUACUCUGUUACCAAUUCUGGACCCAGAAUAUGCAGUCAGGAAAAUAGUGGAUGCUAUUCUGCAAGAGACACUUUACUUGUAUAUGCCAAAGUUUUUAUACUUCACAAUGUUCUUAAAAAGCUUCUUGCCCAUCAAGACAGGAAUGCUUUUAGCUGACUACCUGGGAAUCUUUCAUGUGAUGGAUGGCUUCUCUGGCCAAAAGAAGAAAGCUUAAUGAUGUUGUCAUCCAUUGUUGCAUCAGGCUUCUUCCAAAGAAGAUACGUAUUUCCUUCCAACAGAA